AUGGCCUCCAUCAGAACGUUUGCGCUCAAGUUUCCGAUGAAAUCUCGCACCGCUACUACUGCUUCUUUCGGAUGGAGAAUUUGUUUUAUUGCAGUCUUAAUCAGUUCCGUUAUUUCCCUUGCACAUUUCCUCGAAACACAAGUAGCUCAUGAAGAUGUCGAAUGGGAAUGUCAUGAGCUUCUUUCAAACGAAACAUCUAGUACAGUGCAUUUUAUGGUACCAUCAACACUAGCAGAAUGGAACAAUUUUUAUUAUCUGAAAAUUCGUAUAGCAUUGGAUUCGAUUUUCAGCAAACAAGAAAUUGAAGAAAAUUUCAGAGAAAUUUUCCUUCCUCCAGACGUUUUGGAAUUUCUCACAUCUUUCACGACAUUGACCCAUUUUCCAAUUUGUUUGGCAAUGUCUACACAGUAUCGGAGUACGGUACUGGGAUUAUUGAGAUUCAAAAAUAGUUUUGAAUUUACGGUAUUCAAACCAGCCACAAUUACAGGUGCGGUAGUUACACCGGUCAUUGAUUAA